AUGAAUCAUGUUCUCCUGGGAUGUGUGUUGAUUAUAGCAGUACUAAUCGCAUCAGUUAGCAGCAGCGUUGCACCAGCUAGUAGCACCAUUGUUUGCAAUGUGGAGAUAACAGAUCUGUUAGAAUGUCUUCCUGCAAUUACAGGUGCACACCCUCCAGCACCCACCCGUCCCUGUUGCAAGGUGAUGCGUAGAGUCAACCUGCCAUGUCUGUGCCGCUACAAGCCACAACUAGCCAAGUUUGGGGCCAACCCUCUAGCUGCCAUGGCAGUACCGAAGAAAUGUGGCAUUAAAAAGACACCAAGAUGCUAA